AUGCAACUCCCCAAGAUUCUGUUGGCAGCCUCGGCCCUUCUUAGCUGUGGCUUUGCUCAGAGCAAACUGCGCAUCAUGCCCUUGGGAGACAGCAUCACGGAGAUCACAUGCUGGCGCGCCUAUGUCUGGGACGAUCUCGCGGCUGCCAACUUGUCGAGCCGCGUGCAGUAUGUCGGAUCGCAAAACAGCAACCCCCAGAACUGCAAGCCUACAACGGCGAACUGGGAUCAGCACAACGAGGGUCACUCGGGCUGGCUGGCCAUUGAUAUUGCCAACAACUACAUCGCCAACUGGAUCAAGAACACGCCAGCUGACAUUGUCAUGUUCAUGCUGGGCACAAACGAUGUCACCCGGGGUAAUACUGCUGCCCAGAUCACCGCUGCCUACACCAAGAUUGUGCAGACCGUCCGCGCGAACAACCCGAAGGCCAAGUUUAUCGUUGACAAGGUCAUUCCGCUCUCCUUCAACAACAACGCCAUCGUCUCCAUUAACGAUGCCAUCCCUUCCUGGGCUGCUGGCCUGAACAGCACGGAGUCCCCCAUAGUCAUCGCGGACUGUUACACUGGCUUCACAACUUCCAUGCUGAGAGAUGGCGUCCAUCCAAACGAGCAGGGUGAUAGGCUGAUCCAGUCAAGAAUCUCGCCGCUGCUGAUCAACUACGUCCAGCAGUCCUUGGGUGUCUAA